AUGAUCAGCUUCCCGGGCAGAAACACACGCCCUGCCAACCUCAUCACACACUUCUGCAACGCCGAGGAGGGGAUCCAAAAUUACGUCCACAACCUCACCUCCUCCUACGUCAACACCAGCAAUGUGUCCUCCAUGGUGUCGGCCUCCGUCAUCAUGUUCCUCCUCGUCGGCAUCUCCUUCAACCUCAACCUCUUCAGCCGCUUCUCCGGCGUCAGCGCCACCCUCGACCCCAAGGUCCGCCUCUUCCUCUCCUCCGCAUUCUCCCUCUUCCUCCCUGUCAUGUCCUACCUCUUCUCCGAAGCCAAGAACGCCGGCGCGGACAACAGCGGCGGCGACCUCUCGCUACAGGCCGGCAUGAUCCUCCUCUGGAUGCUGCUGGUUGAGCUCCUCCGCAAGAAGGUGGACGAGGUCCGCAUGCGCGGCUACUCCAGCAGCAUCCAGCGUGCCAGCCGUGUGGUCUGGCUCGGCAGCCUCGUCUUCUUCAACAUCCAGAGAGCCGGCCGGAAGGCCCUCUUCGGCGUCCUUUGGGUGCUCUGCGCAACCAAGGUGGUGCAGAGGGUCGCCUUCACUGAGAUUGGCAAGCGAUCCUAUGCAUACGGCAAGAACACGCGUCUCAUCACCUCCUACAUGUCACAAAUGCUCAAGAAAAAUGGCUUUCAAUGUCAGGACCAGCAAGAGCACCACCAAGGAUCCCCAUCGACCCAAAUCGAUGUGGAUUACUCGGUGGCGACUGAUGUAAACCAUGGUGGUGAAGGUGAGGCCAUGUUGAAGAGGUGCAAGUUCGUCGUCAUGGGUGAAGAAGACUUGGUUAUACGUCCUAGCCCCGAUGGCUACAAGUUGAAGGAUGUCUCCCCAGAGGAUAAUGUUGCCACCGUUGGAAAAAUCUGGUGUAAUGCAUACAACAACGUCGGUCAAGGUUCACGGCUUAAGAGGUUGUGCUUGUCCUUUGGGCUCUUCAAGCUUGUGCGGCGUAGGUUCGAGCACCUCCCGCCAGUGAUUGAUGUCGAGGCCGAGACUCGUGAGUGUCGCAGCUUACUCAUCAAUGGUGUUUACAAUGAAAGGACAGAGGAUGCAGCGGAGGCAUUAUUCCACAUGAUGAAUGACGAGGUGAACUUCCUCUGCGAGUAUUACCACUCUGUUAUCCCCGUCGUCCUCGCAAGCCCUUUCUUCUUCCUUAACAAAGGGGCCUACAUAAAUCUAUUCCUCCGAUAGACUGCUUCUCAA